ACUGUACAGACAGACAGAGCACUGCUGUUCACGAGUGUGUCGAGUGUGUCGGGUGUCACGGGUGUUUCAUCAUGCAUCGCGACUCUAUGACUUUACAACGCGUGCUCAUGCUGCACAUUAUUGACGCUCGGACGCCGAAUGCGAUGCACAUUCGUGAUUUCCUGAUUGGAUGAGGAGGCUGCGAGGAUCAGCAUGUGUGUGUGAAGUUCUGCGCAGAAGCAGGAAGAGAAGCAGCAGAGCAGCAGACGAGCAGCUCCGGGCGAACACCCUCCGGGACCUCCUUGUGUUUACUGCUCUUCUCAGGAAGCAUGUGAUGACCCAUGCACGGAAAAAAGCUUUCCUCAGCCAGUGUCCAGGUGAGGGGCGUGGCCAUCAAGAGGGCUGGUCACAUGGUGAAACUGUGGGUGGAGCCUGGCCUGCGCACUCAUUGCGAGAAGGCAAGGCCAAGAAAGACAUGGUGAAGAAAAUCAAGACCAGCGGUCAGGAGAGUCAAUGUUUGGCAAAACAUUCAAUGAAAAUGAAUGAAACUAAGACCAAGAAAACAAAGUCCAAUGCUGUGAGUGAGGGCCAUCGGAAGCUCUACCCGUUACGAGGAAGAGGCGAGGCGUUGAGUUGCCAUGUUCUGCUCACUCGCUUAGAUAAUGAGACCAAUGUGAGUGAGGAGGAUCCCAACAGAGUUCCAGGGCACAAAAAGAAACCAAAACCCUUCAAAAAAGCAGAAAACAUCAGGGAGUCAUCGCAGGAACAACUCACAGUUAUUGAUAAACCUUCAGCUCAGGAGCCACGGAAACGUAGACUAGCUUCACUCAACGCCGAGGCGCUCAACAGUCUUCUGCUCGAGAAAACCGACGGGCCACCAGCUGCCAGACUCACGAAGAAACAAGGCAGUGGUUCGUCCACUACAGAGCAAACAAAGACCGGCUUGAAAAGAGCCGAAAAGCCCAAGCAGAUGAAGAAAGCCUCGGCCGAUAAGACGCACAACGCUGAAGCGAGUUUGUAUGCUCCCGCUCCCAGACGCUUGGCUGGACUCAACGCCGCUGCACUGCUGAAGCUCACCAGCUCAACCACCACAAACAAGCACAGGAUCAGAACAGACAGCAAGACCGUCUGCGCGGCAGGGAAGCACAAACCCAAAGCGCAGAGGUCCCUGAAACACAGCUGGAAGCAGCCUGAACUGGAAGGAGCCUGCGAAGUGUGCAAAAGCAGGAGCUUUGAGUCGAAACUGACUCCAGAAAGUCACUGCUUAGCUAAAGCAGGAUACCAUGGCAUGCUGGGAUAUCAUCCUGUGAAGCUAGUGAAGGAGGAGCCGGUGGAAGCAGAGCUGAGUCCGUACCACUGCUGUCCGCCGGAGGGAUCGGUGGAGUAUUGCCACCGGCUGGCGCUCUUCCUCGGGCAGAAGGCAUACGGCGAGGGCGAGGAGCACCCGGUGGUCAAGCACGAGUGCCUGGUUCCAGCGCAUCCAGCCCUGACCCUCAGCGCCCAUCCCUGCCUGUGUGCUGAUCCAUGCUACUCCAGCUACUACGUCCACAUCGCUCAUCCCGGGAUGACCAGUCUGAGUGCUCAGACACUGCCCUUCUGCCCACACGGCCUCUCCGGGUCCAAGCUGUUGGCCUCCUCAGGUAUCACACACCCUGCCUUCUGCGGGUCAGUGGGGUCGCCCUGCUGCUGCGAGGCCUGUCGGGUCAGUGGAUACACCUUCAGCGCCGUGCAGCCGGUCGCUAGCAGGACCUGCUGCCAUCCAAUCAAAACAGAAGAGGAGCACAGUCGCCCGCUCCUCGUUCCCCAGGUCCUGCCGCGCUCCGGAUGUCCCAGCAUGCCCCGAGCGACCUCCCCGGCCUCCCUUCUGUCCACGAUGUCUGACCGCAGGAAGACAGAAGUCAGGCUUAAGGUGGCCACAGAAUGCCCUCAGAACACCCAGCCAUCCAAUGACUCGCUCACUAUGGGCCACAGCAUAUCAUCCCAGAAACAACCUACAACUAGUCCAGCAAGUGCCAAACAGCAGAAGAAGGCCACGAACGGAUGGCGUGCGGUCGGAGACCCGACAGAGAAGGAGGUGUUUAUUGCGGGUGAUGACGAGACAGUUCUCCGUCAGUGUUAUGAAGGAGUGGAGCGGGACGGAGAGGUGAUCCGGGUACGAGACACUGUGCUCUUACGAUCCGGACCCCGCAAGAAAUCCCUGCCUUACGUGGCCAAGAUCUCAGCUCUAUGGGAAGACCCCAGAACAGGAGAGCUGAUGAUGAGUCUGUUUUGGUACUAUCGGCCGGAGCACACGCAGGGUGGCAGAGAUCCCAGCAUGCACUGCGAGAACGAGAUCUUCGCCUCUCGUCAUCAGGAUGAGAACAGCGUGGCCUGUAUCGAGGAGCGAUGCUUCGUCCUGCCGCUAGCACAGUACUGUAGAUUUUGUGCCUUGGUGAAGCGCCGCUCGGAGGGCGUGUCCGACCACGCCCCACUGGUGCCCCACCCCUCUGACAGUGCUGGCCCCGCCCACCGGCUGGUGCCCCGCCCCUCCGACAGCACUGGCCCCGCACAACAUCAUGUGCCCGACGGCAUCGACCCGCAGCUGGUGUAUCUGUGCCGGCACGUCUACGACUUCCGCUACGGCCGCAUCCUCAAGAACCUGCAGUGAAAGCGUUAGUGUGUGUCCAGUGGAGACACCAGCGUCCGGUCAACAUUCAGAGCUAUUCGAUAAUCUGCCUUCUUCAUCUCUCCUUCAGAGACUGAAGGUUUGGUGGUUCUCUUCAACUCCUCGUCACGCACACUGGACUGUCACACUGCUGAGGGAUGAUGGGAGGAUCUCUGAAGGAUCCAGAACACUGAUGCUUUCAUAAAACAUCACUCCUAAAAAUAAAAGUGCUUCACGAUGCCACAGAAGAACCAUUUUGUCUAAAUGGAAAAAAGUCUUUAACAUCUUAAGAAACUUGCACAAAAGCUUCUUUGUCGCGAAAGAAGGUUCAGAUUAUAAAAAGGCAAGAACCUUUGAAUGAAUGUUUCUUUGUGGAAACAAAAAUGGUUCUUCUAUGGCAUCGUUGUGAAGAACCUGCUUUAAUAUCCACCACGACACAGAUGAAUAGGUGUGAAUGGGUCUUAAAGGGACAGUUCGCCCAAAAAAGAUAAUCCUGUCAUCAUUUUCUCUCCCUCAUGUCGUUCCGAACCCGUAUGAGUUCCUUUCCUCUGCUAAGCACAAAAGAAGCUAUUUUGAAGAAUGCUGGGAACUGAACUACUGUUUCUAUCCUUUCGUUUCAUUUUAGGGUGAACUGUCUCUUUAAGAGCGGCUCAUGUGAUCUGGAGAAGAUGCUCAUCUGAUGUUCUUCAUGUGUUUGAUUAUCAGUCGUCUUCUUUGCCUCUUUCUUUAACAUCCCGCUCCUCUGACCAAAUUAACCAAAGGACCUUCAGGGUUAAACGCGGCCAGCUAAUCAAUGAAUCAGAACAGUUGAAGAGUUUCAUGUGAUUUUUACGGAGAUCUGUGUUUGUUAUGAAACUGAGCUCUUAGCUUCAGAUCCUGUAGAAUGCACAAAUAUAUUUUAAUAUUUAUUUGAGGACGCUUUUAGCCCCCCCCAGAGAAAUUGCACUAUUACGUCCCCUGUCAUUUCUGUCUUGUUCUUUAGAUGCAGAGCUUUAAUUCAUUUUCUAAGUGAAAAACAUUCCUGUGCUUAGAAAUACGCUAGUGUUUGACAUCAAGAACUAAACACAUGCUUUUAAAGUUCAUAACUCUUCUAGAGACCAUUAUAUGCUAGUUUCAUUUUAUUAUGAGUUUAAUCUAGUUUUCACCUGCUGUUGAUGAGAGACGGACACAGCUGUUUCGUAGCACCUUAAUAUAAAUGUGUGGUUAGAUGAGCAAAUAUUAGAUGCAGAAUAUAUGGAUUACAGUCGAUUAUGAGUCUACAAGAUCCGGUACAGAUGUAUUAUAUUCAUUAAACAUUUCCAGAAUCAGCUUCACUUUACUAGUUAUGAUUAAUUUAACUUGUUCAGAUCUUUCCAGCGAUUACAGAAGAAACUCUAAAAAUAAUUCAUAUUCUUAUUGAAGCGAUUUGAGAACAGCAUCGUCUUUCUGCUUUCGAUUUCUUCUGAACAAAAAGGAGGUAUUUUAUUAAUCUGGAAUAUGCAAUAUAUUUUUUGGACUAUUUUUGAGACAACUAAUCUAUUUAAAUUCCUGUCCUUUUCUCUGAUUUAUGAUCUGGAUUCAGAAGUGAAUUCUGAGGACAUGUACGUAUCGUAUCGUAUCGUAACUCCAGGCCGAGCUCGUGAAGUUUAUCAUACUUUUGAGACUUGUAAUUGUAUUUAAAGAAAUAAUUUUAAAUGAAGUAUAAGCAUAUAUCUAUAUUUUGAGUCCUCUACAGUGUUUUGAAGUGCUGUUGCAAUCUUGUGCUCAAUAAGUGCAGUAGAUGUAUUAUUAAUUUAGUUUAGUGUUAAUGAGCUCUUCAGUGAUGCUCAGACGAGGUCAUGAGUGAAAGUGAUUAAACACCCUGCUAACGAGCUGUAAACACAGUAAAUUAACCUGAAACACUGCCUGACGUGGAUGUGAUCUCACUCCAGGUUUGAUCUGCAGUUCAGUUUCAUCUGUAUUUUGUUUGUUUCUCUGACGUUUUGUGAUUUGUUUUAUUGACCGAUUGUUUAAUCGUCAAUCCUCUGUAGUGUUGAUGGCUAUUAUAGACAGAUUGAUUUAUGAUUUAUGAUAUAUAGAGGAUUUUAACCCUUUCAGAAAUAUUCCAGAUCUUUCCAGAGAAAGUGAUCCGUGGAGUUUCCUGAUCGACCAUUACUUCACAAAUACUGUUCCCUUCCGAAAUCUGCGUUUGUUUUGUAUUUUUCUUUCUUUUUAUUUAUUUUUUGAUUGUUUGACUCAUUCUGAUGUUUUUUGUCCCUUUGUUUUUAUUUUGUUUUUGUUUUAGGUCUGCGUGUCUCUUUUGUUUGAUUUCAGAGAGUAAAAGAGAAGUACCUAUUUUGUACCUCUUUCACUUUUUUUUUUUUUUUUUUUUACGGCAUUGGAUUCCUGCUGAUUAUUGUUCAAUGAAAAGUAUUUAUAAAAUAUAAACUGAAGUCUUUUGUGAAA